AUGUCUGACAGGAAGCAGGAGGGCCCUGGUGCCAGGGAGCCAGCAUGCAUGCUGUGUCACUGUGUGGAGGCUGACCCGGACACCUGCGGUGACAAAGUGGACAAGUGCGGGCUCUGUGCCCACAUCUUUUGCAUGGGAAAAAACGUCUUGGAUUCAUGGGCUUUCUCCCUCGAGAUAUCCAAAUUGCAGUGUGGCGGCAGCACAGAAGGCGGCUCUGUGGGCUGGGACCCAGCAGUGGCCGCAUCCUGCGCCCUGCCCGGAGCCGCGGGGCUGCCAGGGGAGGCCCCGAGGCUGCUGCUGAUGGGGCUGCUUGGCUCUUUCCAGCGCUGCUGCGUCUGUGGCCAGAGCGGGGCAACCAUCAAGUGCUGCAAGGAGGACUGCGAGAGAUGGUUCCACCUGCCCUGUGCCAAGGAGGACGGCUCUGUCAAUCAGUACAUCACUCCAUACAGCUCUUACUGUCCCCAGCACUGUCCAGAGCAGGAGGUGCAGGCAACUCCAGAGCUGGGCACCGAUUGCCCCAUCUGCAUGGAGCCGCUGGAGGAUAGGAAGACCUUUGAAACCAUGGUGUGCCCAACGUGCAAAAGAGCCUGGUUCCACAGGGACUGCAUCCAGGUCGGUCCCUCCCCUCAGUCCUGGGGCGCAGCAGGUGCUCAGCAGCACCUGGGCUGGCUCACACUGCAUGUGUUUGCCCUGCAGGGACAGGCCAUGCGCGCUGGUCUUGCGUGCCUCCACUGCCCCCUGUGCAGAGAUGGUGUGGGUUUCGUUGCCGAAAUGCUCAUCUUGGGGAUCAGAGUUGGUGUCCUUCUGCCUGGCUCACAAGACAGGAGGGUACAGAUGCUAUGUCAGGCCAUGUCUUAG